AUGUGGUUCUGUGCAGCGCUGUGGGGUGAAACCGGCGGCAUCACAAUAGUCCAGCAACACGAAGGAGAGUCGUUCAGCUUCACGUGGUACUUUGGAUCCAACGCCAGCGUCAAGUUCUUCUGCAGGAGAGAGUGUGAAGGAGGAGACGUUCUCGUUAGAACGGCCCAGAACGAUGCUGUGAGCAGCAGAUACGCCAUCGAGUACAAGCCGUCGCCGCCCGCCGGAGGAUACGUGACCGUGCUCAUCACGACGCUCAACGCCUCCGACUCCGGACGGUACCGGCUCGGCGUGGGCGGGUCUCUGCUUCCUGAUGAGUUCGGGGACUUUGAGAUAAGAGUGACCAAUGGGUCGGACGGAAACCUUCACGAGAGAUUCAACAUUCACACCGGAGAGGAGGGAGGAGACGUUUCUGUCCACUGCUGGUUUGAUUCUCUCAACGGCAGCAGGUUCUUCUGCAGGAACGACUGCAGCGACGGGGACCUCCUCCUCUGGACCACCGGACACGAAGCUCAGAGCGGCAGGUACAGCAUCUCGUCUCAGGAGCAGCCCCUCAUGGAGGCCUGCACCGUGGUUCUACACAUCUCCCGGCUGAGCCUCAGCGACACCGGACUGUAUUCGUGCGGUUUAGGAGAAGCUCUGAACCCCACUUCCUUGUCGAGGUUUCACAUCAGCGUCGUCCCAUCAGCCUCCACGGCACCGACAGCGACCCGGAGUUCUGGUUCUGAAGGGUUCCCUCCGUCCAGCGCGUGUCCUGAAACCUGCGACCGGUUUUCAGGACUGCCUCCUCUGGUCGGGUGUGUGCUGCUGAUGGCCGGACUGUCGGUUCUGGUGCUCGUGCUUCUGUACAAACUGAAGAAGAAGAAUCAGGACGUCAGGAACAAGCAGUUUGUCGUCUACGAGAACACCAGAGAAGGUUCCAUCUACCAGAGUCUGGAUCCCGGCGCCACAGGUCUGGACGAGCCGUACUCCACCAUCAAGCAGGACGCCGCCUGAAGCAAACAUACGUCUGUGGAGACUCCAGCCUUCAUUUUCUUCUUCUGGUCAUUUUAGAGAAACAAUUCAUCAAAAGACUUCUGACCUCCUUCUGAUGAUUUUUUUUGGUAGUGUUUUGUCUCCUGUUUUUAACUUUAAAUGUCAUAUUUUUAACUUUUUAUCCCAGAAUGUUUGUGACUUCCUGGUAAUGGGAGCUGUUUCCUGACCUCCAGUGACCUCCUGUAGGUGUGAUGCUGAUCUGUUGAAGCUCACCAACUAACAUCUGGAUCUUUUACUGCACAUGUCCGACAUUAUUUCUUUGUUUUGUUAUUUCAUAAUCUUCAGCUUUGAUUUUUAUAGUUUCAGCUU